CGAAAUCAGUCCAAGUUAACGAGGCGCUUCUGAAAUUGGAAAAUAGGAACAAAUAAGGAAGAGAUCGGUGAUUCCAUCAAAGGAAACAAAGAUGAAAGGCAAAAGCGGAAAAAGUAAUUGGAGCUUGAGAUCAAAGCUAGGUUUGCCGGCACUUAUCUUCGUUUUAUGCCUUUUUUGUUUCCUCGCCGGAUUCUUCGGUUCUUCUCUUCUCUCUCAGGAUGUAGAGGACGAUAGGCCGGGGCCGAGGUUGCUUCAAUCAGUCAGCGAUGGUAGCGAGUUCGAUUUGAUGACUCCCGGAGAAAACGGCGACGAUUCAAUUUCUUCAAUUCCUUUUCAGGUUUUGAGCUGGCGACCUCGCGCCCUUUUUUUCCCCAAGUUUGCAACUGCGGAGCAAUGCCUGAGCAUAGUUAAUAUGGCGAGACCGAAGCUUAGACCGUCUACCCUGGCUCUACGUAAGGGAGAAACCGAAGAGAACACGAAAGGAAUCCGAACAAGUUCUGGAGCGUUCUUUGGUGCUUCAGAAGAUGAAAGUGGGACUCUGGGUGUAAUUGAGGAAAAAAUUGCAAGGGCAACCAUGAUUCCAAGGACGCAUGGAGAGGCAUUUAAUAUCUUGCGUUAUGAGAUUGGGCAGAAGUAUAAUUCUCAUUAUGAUGCGUUCAAUCCUUCUGAAUAUGGGCCACAGAAGAGCCAAAGGGUGGCUUCCUUCUUGUUGUACUUGACUGAUGUUGACGAAGGUGGAGAAACCAUGUUUCCAUUUGAGAAUGGCUCGAAUAUGGAUGGACUCUAUGAUUUCCAAAGGUGUAUUGGUUUGAAAGUGAAGCCACGUCAAGGUGACGGACUUCUGUUUUAUUCUGUUUUCCCAAAUGGUACAAUCGAUCCGACAUCACUUCAUGGAAGCUGUCCAGUGGUCAAGGGGCAGAAAUGGGUCGCUACAAAGUGGAUCAGAGAUCAAAUACAGGACGAUUAAGCGUUACUAUUUACUACACGCAAUGCAUAAUCCGUAAAUCUCUACCUCAUCAUUUUCUCUGUAUGAUAAAAUGAGUUCUAACAUUAUAAAAACUUGAUUCCCAUGCUCUCCUCUUUACCAGAUAACAUAAUAGGCUAGUUAUUAAUGUUGGAAUGUUUUUUCCAUUGUAGCUUAUUGUUUAAAAGGUUGAUGCCACGUAUAUUUAUUAUCAA